AUGGAGGAUUAUUUUAAAUCAAGAAAAACUAAAAAGAGACAAGUUAUUUUCCAAGAAGGGGACACAGCUGAAGAAGUAUACUUAAUACAAGAAGGGGAAUUCAGCUUAUUCAAAGCUUUUACUAUUUCUAUCACAUCUUCUAGAGCAUUCCCUGAAAAUUCUCCACUCAAAACAAAGAAUAUUUCUAAACAAAGUCCAAUUUCAAUCCUUUCUAAAGGAACGAUGUUUGGUGAAGAAGAAAUUACUUCAGGUGGUGAAGCUAGAAGAAAUACAACAUGCAUGUGCACAUGGAUCAUGGAUUAUUGCUUGUUAUUAGUAAAGAAAAUUUCCAAAAACAUAUAGCGCGUGCUCCCCUAUAGAUUUUCAAGGAAAAUGCCUUUCAAAGAAAAAAAUUAUUUAAAAUUCCAAAAAAAUUCUAAAAAGUCAAAUAUCAAUUUAAAAAUGCCAUUAUAUAUGUCCUAUUUGUCAAUUUAAAAAUUGACUUUCAGAUUUUUCAUUAAUUUAAAGACUAAAUAUUUUAUAUAAAAGCACUUGUCCUCAGGGAUCUAAAAUGAGGCUUGUGCUAUAUCUUGAAAAAUGAUGAUGCAAUUGAUUUUAUAA